AUGUCGGGUACCUUGCCAAUUGACCAAGAACAUGAUGAAUCAGUCAAAGAUUCUACUGAGAAUAACGUAACUGAAUCCACCAUUGUUGAAGGAUCUAAAAGUCCAGAAAAUGAAGCAAUGGACGACCUAUUUGGUGAUGAUGAUGACGAAGAAGAUGACAUUGUUAGAAACCGUCGUUCGAAGAAAGGGGUGAGUGAUGAUGAAGAAGAUGAUGAUAAGGAAAACGAACAUCCUGAUAAUUAUGGUCGUUCUCGUUCCCAUGAUGAGAAUAUGGAUGAAGAAGAAGCAAUGUAUACCAGAAAAUUUUAUGGUGAAGAUGCAGACAAUUAUUCGGCUGAUGAGGAUGGAGACCAUGCAUUUAAAGAAGAAGAUGUUGAACUUGUACGUCAUAUGGUUCCCUACACUACAAAUUUACACAGUGAAGAUGCUGCAGGACCUGACGAGGAUAAACAUAUUUAUUAUGCUAAAGUUCCACACUUUUUGACAAUAGAUCCUGUUCCAUUUGAUCCACCCAGCUUUGAAGAUAUGGUUAAACACAGAUUGUCACAUGAGGCAUCAGAAGAAGAUAAAAUUGGUGAUCGUUUAGUCGAUGAAAAUACUAUAAGAUGGAGAUACUCUCGUGAUACAAACCAGAGGGUGUUUAAGGAAUCCAAUGCAAGAAUAGUGAAAUGGUCAGAUGGGUCAUAUUCCCUGAAAUUAGGAACUGAAUAUACUGAUAUUUUAAUAAAUGACACAGAUAACACGUUCCUAACUGUCUCCCAUGAUCAACAGGAAUUGAUGCAAUGUAUUAAUGGUGGUGAGAUUAAUAAGACAAUAAUGUUUAUCCCAACAUCUACAAAUUCCAAGAUACACCAAAGGUUAAGUAAAGCUGUUGCCAGAAGAAACAAAAUAGAGCACGAUGGUCCAGGCACUUUCUUAAUUCAAGUAGAUCCGGAAGUUGAAAAGAAAGCACUAGAAACAAAACAGCAACUAAUCUUCAGAGAAAGAAGAAGAAGGCAAGUUAGAGAAAAUGAACUUCUCGAUGCUGGAGAAGUUACACCAGAGUCGUUUGCAAGACGUUCUACGCCCAAGUCUUCCACUAAUGCACCAUCCAGAGGAAGAUAUGAGGAUGAAUACGAGGAAGAUGAUUUCUUAGUUGAUGAUGAUGAGGAUGAAAAUGAGUACCAAGAAGAUGAUGAGGAAGAAGAGGAAGAAAAGGAUAUACUUGAUGCAUCUGAAGAAGAAGAUGAUGAGGAAGAAGAGAGAAGGAGAGCUGAAAGGUUAAAAAAUAUGAAAAGAAGCGAAGCUACAUUUAGAGAAGAUAACAAUGAAAUAGAAUCUACAGGAGAAGUAAGAAAGAAGAAAAGAGCAGCUGUUAUCAGCGAUGAUGAAGAUGACGAAUAG